AUGAAGAUCCUCCAAGAACUCUUCGGAGCAAACGGCAAUCCGCGAGCAUUCGAUAAACGAGACCAAAUGCAGCAAAUGAAAGUGAGUGAAGAGUACAGUCAGCCGAAAUCGCUGUAGACUAUUCAGUACAUAAAAUAAGCCUCCGAAGCCAUGACUAGAUCUCUCGUGUUGAUCACAGGCCUUACCCUACAGUCACCCGGCCAGUGAUGCGACCAAAAGUCCCCAUCAUUAAGAAGGAGAUGCCGGCCAUUGUUUACUGACUUCUUUGCAGCGGCAAGAUGUACAACUACGUUGGGCAAACCGGCCGACGGCUGCAAACGCGAGUGCACGAGUACGAGUACAAUGUGGGAAGGGUGGACCCAGAGUCGGAGGCAGCAACCCAUACCACGCAAAUCGGACACAUUUUCAACUUUGGCGCCGUUGAGAUCGUGGGCCGGGCAAUGAGCAUACAACAAGGCAGGCGAAAGAAGCCUGGAUAUCUACCGUCUGCUCUGUAAACCGUCGCAUCUUCCCAGUCUUUGCAGAUGGGUAGACGACGUAGCUACUGGAAGUUUCAGACCUCCAAUAAACCUCUCCCGAUGAACGACUCCUCCUUCUUUGAUAUGCCACCUGGGCAUCGCAUUUCCACUACUAUUUAUCCUUUCUCUAUCUAUAUUGAACACGUUGAUCCCCAGGUUGAAGGAAAUUCACCUCAUCGAUUAUUGCAGAAAAUCUGGAAGUUACGUUACCAUAUCAGAUUCUCGGACAAAGUAUGCCCUAUCUGCAAAUUUCAAAUUAUUCUUCGUGUUAACCCAAUUUCCCAAUUGUUAAACUAAACAGGCACAAGCAGCGGUGACUCUGAAAGCUGCGGUGAUGGUCUGUUCGGUGUUGGCCCUUUUAAUUCCAUAUUACUUUUAGGCUUUUCUCAAAGUCGGUUAUAAACUGUCGACUCCGGUCUUCUCGCGAUUAAUUUCCACAUCAUCAAGACUUAGUGCAGAACUAAAUCUGACUUUUGCCUGCCCUAGAACGGUGUUUUAUGACAAGGUGAAUGUGAAACAAGUGGAUGUUCCCGGUCUAUCUGGAUGUUUCGGUGUUCUUGCUGAGCACGUCCCUACAAUCGCUAAUUUAAAACCUGGUGUUGUCACCGUCACCGAACAAAGUGGGACUGUUAAGAAAUAUUUUGGUAAGUUUCGUACCGACACUCAGGAUCAGUUGCUCUCAGUUUUGGAGCUCCAGAAGUCGUAACCGUUUUGCGUUGGAAAAACGUCGCGUGUUUUUUGCCGUGACGUAUGUAGUUUUUUCCCCUGUGGUUCUUAGCUCAGGCUACGCUGGCUAUAUUUUCCCCCGCUCCGCCAAAGAAUAUUUGAGGUGUGAUUGAAAUCAGAGCCAAAACUUUGUUAAAUUUUAUCUGCUAGCCAACUGUAGCUUGCUUCCCAAUGAGUCGGAUGAAGAACGGGCCUUACUGGGCUUCUGAGCAGUCAUUUUAUUAUCAAGCCUCCUCAUCUAUCUAUCUUAAUCGGAACACGCAUACUUUUAUUGUACAAAUUGAAUUCGUCAUUCAUUACAUUAACUAACGUUCUCGCUGCGGGCAAAACGGAGAGUGCAAUGCGUUUUAUCGCAGGAUUGCACAUGCUUUUUAAAAACUCCCUAUCUACAGGUCCUGACGCGGAAUGUCUUAUUUUUUUAGUUAGCAGUGGCUCUGUGACCGUCAACCACGACUCCACCAUGCAGGUCCUUGCUGAGGAGGCUGUCACCCUUGACCAGUUGGAUCCCCAAGCUGUUCGCGACGGUCUGACCAAAGCCCAGUCAGAAUUCUCUGCUGCGCAAGGUGAUGAAGCCAAGGCCAAGGCUCAAGUAACUCUUGAGGCAUUUGAAGCAAUGGCGGCGGCCGUCUAG